AUGCAGAUCGACGAUGAUGGUGUCAUAUACAAGCCCUCUAUAGCUAGUCCAGGCUCGCCUGCCCUUUAUGCCAUUUCUACAACCGUUGCUUUGUACCUGGUCUAUCGAUGGCUACUGCCUAAGCCUAUCCCCGGUAUCCCAUUCAACAAGGACGCUAAAAGCUCUUUAUUGGGUGAUAUUCCCUCUAUGGUCAAACAUUCUAUGAAAACUCAGGAGCUUCAUGACUGGAUAGUAGCACAGAACGUUAAGCUUCAAUCGCCAAUCAUACAAAUUUUCGCUCGACCAUUCAGUAAACCAUGGGUAGUCGUAGCCGACUAUCAAGAGUCCAGGGAUGUCAUGCUGCGGCGCACCAAGGAGUUUGAUAGGUCUUACUUCUGGAGCGAGGUUUCGGGAUCGGUUAUGCCCGAAAGUCAUAUUUUCAAACGAAUCAGCGACGAUCUCUUUAAACGACAGAGAAGAUGGCUGCAAGGGCUUAUGUCGCCUGGGUUUCAGAACAAUGUUGCUGCUGCCCAUAUUUAUAAUGUUUGUUUGGACUUUAUGCAACUCUGGGAGGAAAAGUCUAGGCUUGCCCAGGGUCACCCCUUUGCUGCUGCGCAUGAUGUGUAUUAUGUGGCUCUUGAUGCCAUCUGGACUAUCGUAUUUGGGCCUGAGUCUCCAGAUGUACAAACAACAACGAGAGCUCAAGUAGAGCUCCUCUCGGCAAUAAAAGACUUGCCACUGCCUCAGAGCAAGGACGCAGAGGUGGACAUGCCUCGAGCGCCGUGCCCUGAAACUCUUCAGUCCAUCAUUGAUAUCACGGAGAGUUAUGAGUUAACUGUCAAGUCUCCCUGGCCUAGCAUCACCCACUGGAUCUUGAGACAAACUUCCAGCACCUACAAGAAGGCUUUCAAGAUUAAGGAGAACUUUAUUGAGAAAGAGAUAGCGAAAGCGAUUCAGAGAUUUCAAAGCAGAUCCGAGGGGAACUCGGACAUUCCUACUGCUAAUAUUAAAUCUGCCAUCGAUGAUAUGAUCGAUAAAGAAACAACUUUGGCGGAGAAAGAACACAGACAGCCUGAGAUUAUGUCUAGGAGUUUCUUUGAUGAGAUCUUAACACUCCUCGUCGCCGCGCAUGACACUACCGGGACCGUUAUCACUUGGGCCCUCAAGAUCUUAGCUGAUAACCCCGAAGUCCAAGAUAAGCUUCGAGCCGAACUCCGCGCCAUGUACUCCGAGGCCUACACUGAGAAAAGGUAUCCCACCGUUCAAGAGAUCAACAGUAUUAGCAGCCAUUACCGAGAUGCUGCUAUUGAAGAGAUUAUCCGAUGCUCUCGCACCGAAUCUGCCCUCGCCCGUACGGCUAUGGUUGACGUGGAGCUACUUGGCCAUCGAAUCCCCAAAGGAACGGAAGUCUUUUUUAUGGGCAACGGCCCUGGCUACUUUUCCCCUGCAUUUGAGAUCAAAGACUCUCUACGCAGUCAAUCUUAUCUCUCCGGACAGGACAAGGAUAAGUUUUCCAGUUGGGAUCCAAAGCACCUGGAAGUGUUUGACCCUGAACGAUGGUUGGUUGAGGAGAAUGGCCAGAAGGUAUUUAACGGCACAGCGGGGCCAUUGAUUACGUUUGGCCUUGGGCCAAGAGGCUGUUACGGACGAAAGAUGGCUUACUCAGAACUGAAGAUUUUUAUUACACUACUUAUUUGGAACUUUGAGCUUCAUCGAUGUCGUGAGGAGUUAAGUGGAUAUAAGGCUGUAGAUAAAUUGGUACAUGCUCCUCAGCAAUGCUAUGUAAAGAUUGCUAAAGCUUUAUAA